AUGCCGUGGGUUUCACGCCAAUGGGUCGUAGUAUAUUAUGCAAAUUUUUCAGUGUAUGGUCCGCUUUCACGAGGAAAUCCUUGCACGGGUUGGCCUAUGUUCCGGCAGCCUUAACCGAGGCUUUUGACGAAUAGGAAAACUGAGGUGGUUGACACACUUGAAGCUGACUACGGUAAGGGUUUCACAUUUCAGAUGUUGAAAGACAUGAGGCAAACAGAGAGAAAGACAUUCAAGAGCUGACUGAGGAAGUAAUGAAGACUUUCGCCCUUCAGCAUCCAAUCAUGUAUGAUAAAUACGACAUCUGUGAAAUUGUGUGCCAGCCCAAGCUGUCUAAGUUUUCCGUAGGAAUGCUGCGGGAGAUUUGUACCGCACUUGAACUAGACGUAUCUUCAACAACAAGCAAGCACAAGCAGCCCUUAAAUUAG